UCGGAUACAAAACUUGCAGAAACUCUGCAACCUUCUAGAACCGUCUAUUCUCCCCUAGAACCCAACCGAAGGUACCCUCGCUUUCCAUGUCCAUAGUCCAUACCCCAAAUCGCCGGACAAAGCUCUCCCUGAUGCCCCGCCGCGCCCCGCCGUUAAUGCAAACACCCUAGCGGCAUCCAAGAAGCUGCAGAGCGCCCGCCACCCGCCAUGUUCGGCGUCGUCUUCCCGGAUCACACCUUCCCCCUCGACGCCACCGCCUUCGCGCAGGUGGCGCCGAAUUCAUGGCUCCUCGACCUCUCCACGCUCUCGCUCGCCGCCGCGCCGCGCUCCGCCGUCGUCUUCUUGCUCCCGGCGGCCGCGGCCGCGCUUCCCCCCGGCAAGGCCGUCGCCGUCUACUUCCAAGCCGCCGCCAACCGCCCCUUUGCGUUCCUAGGCGCACUCGGGCCCGCGCGCCCCUCGGCCAGCUUCCCGCUCCCGGAGGCCGGCGACGAGCCGGAGCCUCCCGUGGCCCCCCCGAAGCUGGGCGUCGCCGUAGAGGACGCGGCCGCGCUGCCACCGCCCCCGGAUGAGCAGCGCGCCGAGCGCGUCGCGCUCCGCGUCGGCGAGAACCUGUUCAACUUCAUGCAGUCGUUCUGCGGCGCCGAUGGCGGCAAGCUGGUGGUGCCCACGGACAUCCUGGACCGGUGGUUCCGCAAGUUCCAGGAGCGGGCCAAGAAGGAUCCCGCGUACCUCAAAAGCUUCGACUUUUGAGAGCAAAGGUUAUUUUGCAGUCGCCCUGCGAAUACCUUGUGGGAAGACUGUGUUCGGAUAGUAGAGCUUUGUUCCUCAUCUAGGCCCUCCUCUGUUUGUACACAAAGUUAGCCUUCAGGUGCGUAUUCAGCUUCUCUAUUUGUAGUAGAGAAGCGAUGCCAAAAGCGACUGGAUAGGCUGGUGGUGGUGGUUUAAGUGCUUACACCCGAACGAUAAAUGUUGUUGGCGAACUGUACAGAAACACAUCGGAUGAUUCUGCUUGAAAUUUCAGUCAUUUGGAUAAUUUCCGGGAAAUCCAGGACCAAGAUGUAUGCUAGAAACCAUCUUUCUUUUCCCUGCU